UGUAAUAGACAUUAAACAUGUAAUAUACAUUUAAUGUUGUUGCAGAUAUGGAAAAUUGUCUUAAAUGCAAAGACAAUGAAUGGCCAAAUCAAGAGAAAACUAUAUGUAAUGAGAAGCAAAUUGAAUUUCUUUCCUUUGUUGGUGAUCCCUUAACUCUGGUCUUUAUUAUUCUAUCUGCAUUGCUUUAUAUAAUAGCAACAGUUAUAUUGGGAAUCUUGAUUUCAUUUCGAGACACUCCAGUAGUAAAAUCCAAUAACCAAACUCUGAGUUGUGUUCUCCUUGUCUCCAUCAAGCUGAGCUUCCUCUCUGUGUUUUUAUUCCUUGGACGUCCUGUAGAUAUAACCUGCAUGCUCCGACAAACCUCCUUUGGAAUCUCAUUCUCCAUCUCUGUGUCUUGUGUCCUUGCAAAGACGAUCAUGGUUUGCAUUGCUUUCAAAGUCACUAAGCCUGGGAGUCCCUGGGGAAAAUUGAUUGGGGUAAAACUAGCAAAAUGGGUUGUUUUUAUUUGCUCAUUAAUUCAGUGUCUGAUAAAUGUAAUCUGGUUGUCUAUUUCACCACCUUAUGUGGAAAUAAACUCACAUUCUGAACCUGGAAAAAUCAUCAUUCAGUGCAACGAAGGCUCAGUAGUUGCCUUCUAUAUUGUCCUCUCCUACAUGGGAUUGUUGGCAUCUGUGAGUUUCAUUGUAGCUUUCUUGGCUCGGACAUUACCGGACAGUUUUAAUGAGGCCAAGUACAUCACUUUCAGUAUGUUG